AUGAGUACCGUUUAAAAAGAAUUAGAUAAUUCAAAUUGUAAUGGAAGAGGAUUGUAUUUUGAUUAAAUUUGUCAUUGUGAUUUAGGAUAUUUUGGAGUGCAAUGUACAUUAAAAUUAUAAGAAAUUCAUGUCAUUUCAUAUUUCACAUUUAUUGGAUUAUUUUUAAUCCUCUUUAUGUUGCUACUUUUUUUUACAGUGAAACAACUUUAAUUCUCUCUUAAUACUAAUUAAAUUCCAUCAUUUCAAAGGUAAAUUUUCCUUAAUUAUUAUUUUUAGAGGAUUAAGUUAUCUAAAAAAAAUUUUAAGUUCUCCUUUGAAUUGCAUAUUAUGUUUAACCAUAUUGUUCAAUGUUUUAAAAAUAUUAUGGCUAUCCUUAGAUCCAUUAAAACCAUUUGUAACUUUUUUAUCAUAAAUGUAGGAUGGUGAUAAAAUAGUUUAUGAAAGAAUCUUAGCAGAAAUAGUUUACACUAUCUUGUUUUAUAUCUACGGCAUUUUACUCAUGGUCUGGUAUACUAUGUAUGAUGAAAUUUCAUUCAAUAUUUCAGAAAGAAAUAACAACUCAAAAUCUCAAUCAGUAUUUAGCGAUGAAUUAAAAUUUGAAACAAGAAAAUGGAUAUUCGUAUAUUACAAAGAUAUAAUGAAAAUAAGACUUUUCUUUGUAUUUUUGUUACAAUUAGCAAUCAGUAUAUUAAAUGGUAAUAUGAGAAUUUAAUUAGGAUUAAGAUUAAGUUAAAAAUAUAAGACAAUUUUAUAUAUAGCAUUUGUAAUUUUGCUUUUCAAUUUUAUGUAAUUAAAAGUUUAAUAUAUCUUCAGUUCUUUUAUAUUGGAAUUUUUUCUUUAUGGUAAAUCAUUGAAUGAAUGCAUAAAGUCACAAUUAAGGAGAUUGGAUAAGGAUAGUAAAGUAAAUGAUAAAGAAGAUUAAGACAAAAUUGUGCAAGUAAAUUAGUAAUAAUAAGUAAAAAAGUUAAAAAUUUUAAAGAUAGUAUUUUCAAAAACAUCUCAUGAAAUAUAAUAAGAGGAAAAACCAUAAUCACCAAAUAUAUACGAUUAAUAAGUUUUGAGGCUUAGUUCUUAAAGUGGAAGUGAAGAAAAUAAUGAGUAGAUAUAAACAACUAGAGCAAUUGUAUCUAUUGAAAAAUUGAAUCUUUCCUAUUUUAAAAAGUCUGUCUCCUUUAAAAACAUAAAUUAAGAAAUCUAAGUUUAAUAGAAAAAUGUAAAAGAACCUCAAAGUUUGCAAGAUUUUGAAAUAAAAAAAGAAUUAGAUUAAUAUAACUUAAAAACAAUAGUAAGUGAUGAAUCAUUGAGUUCUAAAGAAGAAGCUGUAUAUCAUUAGAAGGUAAAUUCUUGUUUACUGAAUGAAGAUGAUAAUCCUUAAGAAAAUAUUAAGUGGAACAUAGAUUUAAAUAGAUAAAACAUUUUAUAAGUUAAGAAAAUGUAAAUAAAAGUAGUUGAGAAAACAAAAUAGUAAGUUAAUGAAACAAAAAAAUAUAAAAAAGCUAAUUUAAAGAAUAAUAAUAAGGAAAUAUUAUUUCAUAAUUAAUAAAAUGAUGUUAGAAAAGCAUAAGUAUAUUCAGGAGAAGAUUAUGAAUCAGAAAUAUAAAUUCAAGAAAAAUAAUUUAAAUCAGCUAAUCUAAAUGCUGAUAAAAAAGUCAUAAGAAAGAUAUAAUUACUUAUUUAUGCAGGAGUAUUCUUAGAAAUUUGUUUUGGGGCAUUAUUAAUUGUUAUUUUAUUAACAGAUUUAUUAAAAACACCUGAAGGUAAAAAAAUCAUUAAAAAAAUGUAGGAACUCUUUGUUAUUUGUAUAUUUCAACAAUGCUGUAAUACUUAUCUUUGAUCACAGUCCUUAAGUUAUUUAGAGAUGUAAGAAGUCAAGAAGUAUUGAAUUUAAUUUGGAUACAAAAAGUUGGAAAUAGAAACAAUAAAAUAAAUCAAAAAUAUUUUUUUACAUUUCCAAGAUAAUAGACAAAAAUGGAUGAUUCAAAGAAAAAAUUUGAAAAAAGAAUCAAUAUGCAUAUCAAAUGA